AGGCCAGCCGAUAAGCAGACGGUGGCCAGAAGAGAACCGCGCCACCCGACAUGGACGCCAGCAGGAAUUUCUGCUUCUUCUUUUUGGCGCUUUUGCUCGUCUUUCUGCCCGCCGCAGAAGCCCAAGAACUUUGUAGCGCUCGCACGACGGUGAACGUGAAGGAGAACAAUGCGGUGGGCGACGUGGUGGAGACCAUCACGGUAGCGGACGGGGUCACGGCCUUCUUGGAGAAUUCCGCCGACGUCCCAUUCACUCUGGACGGGAACCGGCUGGUCGCCAAAGGGGUUCUGGACUAUGAGACGAGCCAAAUUCACGAGGUCACGGUGAAGUGCAGAACGGAAACGGGCCUCGAGAUGAUCCUGAUCAUCUUGGUACUUGUGCAAAACGUGAACGACAAUGCGCCGGAAUUUCCCAAGGACACGUACCAGAUCCAAGUCAAGGAGCUGAUGCCCGUGGGGACCCUCCUUGAGCAAUUUCCCGCCACCGACUUGGACGAGGACACUACGCUCUUCUACAGGCUGACAUCGGAAUCAAAUUACUUUGGACUGGCGUCGCCCGAAAACCCGCAACUGGUUAUCCAGAAUGUUCUGGAUUAUGACAAAGUCCCAAGCGUAGAGGUGCUCUUGUACGCUCAGGACACGCCAUUGUCUGGUUCCGGCGGCCAGGUCUCAUUCACCGCCACCGCCACCAUCCAAGUCACCGUGGUGGACGUGGACAACAGACCGCCCUGGUUCCAGCCCUGCAACAAACACGUGGUGGCCGGUGCCGUGGUCUGCCAGAACACCGGUUACACCGGCCGGGUGAACCUCAACGAAAUGCAGGCCGAGCCCUUGACGCUGAAGCCCGGGCCGCUUCACGCCAUUGACGGCGACGUUGGGAUCAACGAGGCCAUCGUCUACUCCUUCCUGAGCGGAAAUGAGGACGGGCUGUUCGACAUCAACCCAAACACCGGCAACGUCACCAUGGUGAAGGCGGCCGACGUUUUGGGGACCAUCAGUCUGACAGUUCUGGCGGCCCAGACGCCAAGCAGUUCUCAGUUUGCCACCACCAGCCUCACAGUCAGCGUUCAGGUGAAGAGCCUGCACAUACCGCGAUUCCAGAGGCCCGAGUACCAGUGUGUGGUCGCUUCAGUGGGCGCCAUGGCGACAGACCCGACCAACAAGGACGAGCCGCUUCAGAUCAUCGCCUUGGAUGAUGACUACGCCAGUGUGGGGGGGAUAAACCCUCACAUCGUCUAUGGCGUCAUCGGAAGCGAGGACUUCUCCAUCGUUAACGGCUACUUGUUCAUGACCACGAAUCUCCCGGAGGGCACUCUCUCUCUGCAAGUGGAGGCGGUGGACACGUCCAAUGAGGAGAAUGUAAGAGCGCAGCUCUCGGUGGAGGUGAAAUCAGAGAAGGCGCCUAUCCCGCCGGGCGGCUUCGGGCCAGGGGACAUGGCCGCGCUGGGGGCGACCCUCGGCGUUCUUCUCUUCGUCUGCGCGGUGAUCAUCGGAGUGCUCGUUUGUCGGCUUCAGAGGGGAAAAGCCGACUGGAGGAAGAUCCACGAAGCCAGCGUCUUCCGAAGCUCCGUGGGCCAGGGAUUAGGUGGCGAGAAGCAGGGCGUCCAGUACACCAACGAGGCUUUCCAGCACGACGAUGACGACGACGACGAUGGCGGCGUGGGCUCCGGGGGUCCGUUUGUCACGACGGCAAAAGAGGGGCCGGCGAACGACUCCGCCCUCACGUCCAGCGUGAGGGCGCUGGGCACCCUCCUGGAUACCGACAACAUCAGCCAGACGAGCUCGGACAAGGAGAAAGAGGUGAAGCCCAUCCUGACCAAAGAACGCCGCCUGGAGGAAGGCUACAAGGCCGUAUGGUUCAAGGAGGACAUCGACCCCAACGCCAAGGAGGAGGUGGUCAUCAUUCCCGACAGCAGGGCGGACGACAGCGAGGACGAGGACGACGACGCCGCCCCCGCUAAACGCUCGGAGCCGAGCUUGGCCGAGCUCGACCUGGACAGCGGAUUGGGCGUGAGGAUCGAGGAUCCGGCGGAGGACUCGGAAGGUGACGACGUUCUGGACGUCGACCUUUGAGGAGGGCGCGGCGGGAAGCAAUAAAAGCUGAUGACUAUUAUGGUGUGACUGCACACGGAAAAAAACAAAAAAAAAAAAAACAUCGCCCGAACGAACCACGCCUGAAACUCAAACCGCGUAGCAGUCAUCAGCAGACUAUUUUAACAAGCUGGCAGGUGGGAAGAUAACGUGUUCAAAAAGUACAGCGUAAUCAGGCGCCAGCUGCCCUUUGUUUUUCUGCGAGGGAGGCUACAAAGGUCAGCGGCCAGGAAAAAAGAAAGUCGGAUCUUACCAUUUGUUAAUUUCUUCACAGCUCACUGUCCACCAGAGUCCCCGAUGCACAAGCACAUUUCAUGUCCAUCGCAAACGACCGCGUUGUUGAUUCAAUAUGAGCAGAUCAAUGUUCAAUCAUUCUGAAAAAAAUAAUACACAUUGUUGA